AACAGCAUCGAAGGAAAAGAGUUUUGGAUCCGUACAAAAUCCGCGCUAAAUAAAUCAACGGAAAGUAAACAACACAGGCGCAACCCUGUAAGUGGGUUGCAUUCCUUUCUUUAUCUACAUGUGGAAAGCACAACUGAACUGGACGUAUUGACAGCGUGGAGUAAACACCCUUUUCUGUGAAAGUUUGGAUUUAAUUAUCCACAAUUUUACAAGAAAGACCUACAUGGCAUGUAGAAGAAGAUAAAGUGAAUUAACACAUCCGCAGACAAGAAGCAUUCAAAACCAAAACCUUUUUGGAAUCUGGAUGACUUUUUGAGCAAACCGACCGUGGAAGUAAAACAUCUUAUUGAAGAUCUUUACCACCAUGGAGCGACUUAUGAUAGCUGCCAUUCUUUGUGUCAUGCUAAGCCAGGGUUUUUGCUCUGGGGUUUUUGAAUUGAAGUUGCAAGAGUUUCUUAACAAGAAAGGAGUUACUGGCAAUACUAACUGCUGUCGUGGAUCCGCAUCAGGGAUUCAACAAUUUGAAUGCAAGACAUUUUUUAGAAUUUGCCUGAAGCAUUACCAAGUUAACGUCCCGAGCCUCCAUGGCACAUACGGCGGGACUGUUACUCCUGUUCUCGGAUCAAACUCCUUCCAAGUUCCUGAAACUAUUACAGACUCAUUCACCAACCCUGUUCGGUUCCCAUUUGGAUUUACAUGGCCGGGGACAUUUUCGCUAAUUAUUGAGGCAUUACAUACAGAUUCGAAUGAGGAUUUAUCAACUGAAAAUCCAGAACGUUUGAUCAGUCGUAUGACGACCCAGAGGCACUUGACGGUUGGUGAAGAAUGGUCCCAAGAUCUACAAGUCAUUGGGAGAACAGUGAAGUAUUCUUAUAGAUUUGUAUGUGAUGAGCAUUACUAUGGCGAGGGCUGCUCUGUCUUCUGCCGUCCACGAGAUGAUGCCUUCGGCCACUUCACCUGUGGAGAACGCGGAGAGAUCAUUUGCAAUUCCGGAUGGAAAGGACAGUACUGCACUGAACCAAUAUGCCUUCCGGGGUGUGAUGAGGAGCAUGUUUGUGAAAAGCCUGGUGAAUGCAAAUGCAGAGUUGGCUUCAGUGGAAAGUACUGCGAUGACUGUAUCCGCUAUCCUGGCUGCUUACAUGGUACCUGCCAGCAACCGUGGCAAUGUAACUGUCAAGAAGGCUGGGGUGGCCUCUCUAGAACUAAUAUCUUAUUUUGUGUUUCAGAUCUUAAUUACUGCACACACCAUAAACCAUGUGAAAAUGGGGCCACUUGCACUAACACUGGCCAAGGCAGCUACACUUGCACCUGCAGGCCAGGUUUCACAGGGGCAAGCUGUGAGACACAGGUCAACGAGUGCUCUGACAACCCUUGCAGAAAUGGAGGAAGCUGCACUGAUCUUGAGAACACAUAUAACUGUGCCUGUCCUCCUGGCUUUUAUGGAAGAAACUGUGAACUGAGUGCCAUGACUUGUGCUGAUGGCCCCUGUUUCAAUGGUGGACGUUGUGCUGAUAAUCCUGAUGGAGGAUACUUCUGUCAGUGUCCUGCAAGCUAUGCUGGCUUUAACUGUGAAAAGAAGAUUGAUCACUGUAGCUCCAAUCCAUGUUCAAAUGGUGCCCAGUGUCUGGAUAUUGUGGACUCCUAUCUCUGUCAGUGCCCAGAAGGUUUUACAGGAGCACACUGCGAUGAUAAUAUCGAUGAUUGUGCUGGUUACCCCUGUCAGAAUGGUGGCACCUGCCAGGAUGCUCUCAAUGACUACACCUGUACCUGCCCACCCGGAUACACCAGCAAGAACUGCAGCCUGCCACUCAACAAGUGUGUGCACAACCCAUGUCACAACGGGGCUACUUGUCAUGAACGGGACAACCGCUAUGUGUGCGCCUGCAUUCCUGGAUAUGGAGGACGUAAUUGCCAAUUCUUACUCCCUGAACAUUCUCAAGGACAGCCUGUUGUAGAGGGAGCUGAUAGAAGGUACUCUGACGAUGAGAUUGACAACCCUUUUCCGUGGACGGCAGUCUGUGCUGGAUUUCUGGUCCUUGUGCUCCUGCUUGGCUCUGCCAUCCUGGUUGUGUAUAUUCGCAUCAAACUGCAGCAAAGGAAUCAGCAAGUCGAUGGCCACAACGAAAGUGAGACCAUGAACAACCUAACCAGCAACCGUAGCCGUGAGAAGGACUUGUCUGUCAGUAUUGUCGGCACUACACAACUGAAGAACACUAACAAGAAGGUGGACUUUCAGAGUGAUGUUGCAGGUGUAGAAAAGAAUGGUUACAAGUCUCGCUAUUCAUUAGUGGAUUAUAAUCUUGUUCAUGAACUAAAACAGGAGGACUUGGGAAAAGAGGACUCGGAGAACAGUGAACCAAACUGUGAGGCCCUUGCCUAUGGCUCACGUGAAAAGCACAGGAAACAUUUUAAAAAGGUAAACACUGCUUCAGAGAAAUGUCCAGAGUCUAUGAGCAAAGACACAAAGUACCAGUCUGUUUUUGUAAUAUCAGAAGAAAAGGAUGAAUGUAUUAUUGCAAACCGAGGUGUAAUGCCACAACAGAGCUGUAGCUCACCAGACUCUGCAGGAGGUUUUACUCCAGUAAAUGCUGCUCAAACCAGAGGGAAGGUUUCCUUCAUGUGACUGCUGCUGUCAGACUUAUGUUGAAUGGUGAUAUUCAGACUGAGCUGGUUCUCAACUGAAGUAAGCACAGUGACUGCAGAAAAAGGAUGUUGGGCCAUACUGGCUCUCACACUCAAAGUUUGUUUCCCAGGACUGUGCCAAAUGGACUUGUUGCACAUCCUGUAGGGAGAUGUUUUUUUUUUUUUUUUUUUUUACCUCAUUGCACUAUGGAGGUUUGCUUUUUUAAUGUAUUUAACAUUCAAGUGAGUUGAUACUGUGUAUGAGUAUGCGCUGACUGCAGUGUCUGUUUAAAUCCCCUGUCCGAUGCAUAGGUCAGGUGAGAAGAGGGAAAAUACCGCCAUCAAAGUUGUUCAGUUCUGAUACGUUUUUUAUAAAGUUGUAAUCUUUUUUUAUUUAAAUGUUAUUUGUGAUUUGUUUGUGGGUUUUUUGUGAAGUUAAGUUUGAUAUAAUUUAAUCUUUUCCUCAUUUUGCAAAUGUGUAUAUUGUAUAUAAGGCACUCGGGUCAUUGUGACUGUUUUUCCUACAGUAAUGUAUUUAAAUGUGUUGACAAAACCUAUGGGAAGUUUUUUUUAUGUGUUUCUCAUGAAGAAAAUCACCUUAAUAUUUUUCCAAAUAAAUGCUGUAUAAAAUAUGACCAAGGACUCCCUGUAUUCUAGAGUAGAGAAUUAUACAUAUUGUAACACUUUUUAGCUAAUAAAGCAAUGGUUCUUUUCUGGUC